CCUCGUCUCCCGGGUGACCAAACGGUCGCCUGCCGAUUUGAAGAGGCGCGGAGUUGGGGGAGGGGGAUGGAAAAAAAAACAUGAGGCGCAAAAGAAACAAAACAGCGAUCGGUGAAUGAAUAAUCUAGUCUAGCGUGAAGAAGAAAAUAAUGUGACAGAGAUGCAGAGGAAAAAUAAACAGCAAAAAAAUUGAAAAGUGGUGAGGGGCGACAGUCAGGAGCGACCGGAUCUGCCGUCAGAUGUACCGCAGCCGGUCAGUGGUUUCACUGUGCACCCACUGUAGGCCGCAGAUCGACAAACACAGAGGCCUGCAUACAUCCCCCUACACUCAUACACAGGCCUUACGGAUAACAUUACUCUUCGCAGGAGCAGGAAGAGCCGCAGUGACGCCGACCAGGGGCCAGCAGCAUCGUUAUUGCGUUUUACCCUGAAUGGGACGACUGCCUGUGAGUUCAACUUUGUGCAGCACAAACAGAUUGAUUUUUCGUUGGUCCCGGGAUAUACCUACAAGGUCUUUCGAACUCUGCACAGAGUGAAAAUGGAUGAGCAAAGUGUUGAAAGUAUUGCAGAGGUGUUCAGGUGCUUUAUUUGUAUGGAGAAGUUGCGUGAUGCCCGGCUGUGUCCACAUUGUUCAAAGCUUUGUUGCUUCAGUUGCAUAAGGCGCUGGUUAACAGAGCAGAGAGCCCAGUGUCCACAUUGCAGGGCACCUCUUCAGUUACGAGAGCUUGUGAACUGUCGCUGGGCAGAGGAAGUCACGCAACAACUGGACACACUUCAACUAUGUAAUCUCAGUAAGCAUGAGGAGAAUGACAAAGACAAGUGUGACAGUCACCAUGAGAAGCUGAGUGUAUUCUGUUGGACAUGUAAGAAGUGCAUCUGCCACCAAUGUGCACUUUGGGGUGGAAUGCAUGGGGGCCACACAUUCAAACCUUUGGCUGAGAUUUAUGAACAGCACGUUACAAAAGUUAAUGAUGAGGUGGCAAAACUGCGUCGUCGAUUGAUGGAACUAAUCAGUUUGGUGCAAGAAGUGGAAAGAAAUGUGGAAGCCGUACGCAGUGCAAAGGACGAACGUGUCAGAGAGAUUAGGAAUGCUGUGGAAAUGAUGAUUGCGAGACUGGACACACAUCUAAAAAAUAAACUUAUAACUUUAAUGGGUCAGAAAACAUCGUUGACUCAGGAAACCGAGCUACUUGAGUCACUGCUACAGGAAGUAGAACAUCAGCUGCGAUCCUGCAGUAAAAGUGAGUUAAUUCUGAAAAGUCAAGAAAUCCUGCUGAUGUUCCAACAAGUCCAUCGUAAACCCAUGGCUUCAUUUGUCACAACACCUGUCCCACCAGACUUCACCAGUGAGCUGGUUCCUGCUUAUGAUUUCAGUACAUUUGUCCUGUCAAAUUUCAGCACUUUGCGUCAGCGUGCAGACCCAGUGUACAGUCCGCCUCUGCAAGUAUCUGGGCUUUGCUGGAGACUGAAGGUUUACCCGGAUGGAAAUGGAGUUGUGCGAGGAAAUUACCUGUCAGUGUUUCUGGAACUCUCUGCAGGACUCCCUGAAACAUCAAAGUAUGAGUACCGCGUAGAGAUGGUUCAUCAAGCCUCUAAUGAUCCAACAAAAAACAUUAUUCGAGAGUUUGCUUCUGAUUUUGAGGUUGGAGAAUGCUGGGGUUACAAUCGUUUCUUUCGAUUGGACCUUCUUGCCAGUGAGGGCUACCUGAAUAUGCAGAGUGAUACGUUGGUGCUCAGGUACCAGGUACGUGCUCCUACAUUCUUCCAGAAGUGUCGUGACCAAAAUUGGUACAUCAGCCAACUUGAGGUGGCUCAGACAGGGUACAUUCAGCAAGUCAACAAUCUUAAAGAGCGAUUGGCCAUUGAACUUUCACGUAACAGGACAGCACAAAGUUUGUCGCCACCUGAUACACGCUUGAGUCCACAAACCAGUGAUUGCUCAGACACAAGGACAAAAAAGCUUGUUCAUAAUGAAGAUCUACCAGCAGAGGGAGCAUGUUCAGUAUUGGCUAUCAACCAGGCGAAAGAGGAGGAUGAAGAGGACAAGACAGUGCAGGAUGAUUCCAAUCAUGAUCUUUCCGAUGGUGAUUUGGACAUAGAAUGCCUCACUGUGGACGAUGAAUUGAUCCAACUUGACGGCAGCAGCUCAUCUGCUAGUUCCACAGCAACCAGUAAUACAGAGGAAAAUGACAUUGAUGAGGAGACUAUGUCUGGAGAGAACGAUGUUGAAUACAGCAACAAUAUGGACCUGGAGGAAGGAGAGUUGGACGAUUCAGCUGGAGCUUCUGGAGGGCUGAGCAACCGGAGUAGGUCCUCAAGACGGGGCAUGGGCAGUCUGUCAUCUGCAGCCAGCAGCAGUCUGCUUGACAUUGACCCAGUCAUUCUCAUACAGCUGUUGGACCUGAAAGACCGGAGCUGCAUGGAAAACUUGUGGGGCCUUCAACCACGCCCACCAGCUUCCCUCCUGCACUCUGCAGCUCAAUGUCGGAAAGAUCGUGAGCAGCGGAGACAGCAGACUGUGCGCCGAUCGCCUCCUAAUUCCGGUGUUCUGAAGAGAUUGAAGGCCCAAAUGGCUGAGGUCAGGAGCAAAAUGUCUGAAGUCAAAAGCCAGAUGUCUGAGGCAAGAAGUAACACGGUAUCGUGUGCUGAUUUGGGGGUGAACUGCACCACUCAUGCAGGAGACCAAGGGCCAUCAGUGACAUGUGGAAUUGACAACAUCCGUAGAAAUGAAUCUGGACUGGAUCUCCUUUCCAAUUACAUAACAUUUGCAUCUACAAAGAAGUGUGGAUCUCCAAAGCAUAGUCGCCCAGGUUCAGGGACCAGUUUCUCUCUCCGUAGAGCUCUGGAAUGCGGGGAUAAAGAUCUCCACUGCCAAGAGAAUUGUCAACCCAGCACAAUAGGACUAUCAAAGCCAAGCAGUAGACAAGGAUCACCACAUUGUGUAAACAAGACAAAUGACUCGGAAGUCCCGUCAACCUGUAAGGCUGAGGACAGAGCUUUUAUCGUUACUGCAUCUGACCAAUUUUGUAACACUGCACUGAAUGGAUUGGCAGCACUUGAAAUGACACGUAAAGUUGCCACUUUAGGGUCAGUACCCCAGUGCUGUUUAACAGAUAACCAACGUUCUGAUUCAGAUAAUGCAAGCACUGCAGGAACACGUGCGUCACCUCUUGAGGGUAUGUCGGGUAGGCCAGAAGAAGUUGCAUUGCUUCAGAAAAAGGCCCUUCAUUUGCUGCCCGGUAUGAGCAGUGACAGUGAGAGUGAAUGUGAAACUGAGAUUGAGGAGCAAGAAGGGAACAUGUCCACAGAGCUUGCGACUCAUAACCUCACUAUGCAGAGUUCUGGAGAAGCAGGUGAUUUGAGCAAUUCUGGAAACACCAAUUUUGUCAAUGGAGAUGCAAAAGAGUAAUCACAAGGACCUUGUCCAUGGAAGGCAUUUUUAUCCAAAUUUCGAUGAAAGUGUGAAAAUGAUUGCUAAAGGAAUAUGUCCAUCUUUAAUUAGGAUAAAGGAAAUAACCUGUAACAUCCCAUGUGAAGCUAACGCUUGCCUGUUACUCAUGCACUACACCAGCUGCAUGUUGCAGCAAGAUCCCAGUAAACCUUUGCACUUAUGGAUUUGUCUUUUCUGUCUUACCAUCAGUGAGUUGGAAUUAGUUACACAACCAUUCAGUAGGCAUUCAAAAUUCUUGUUGAAUGGUGCCUUCAGAGCUGGUGCGGACUGUUCUAGACUGCACUUCUUAUUCACAAGCCUGCAUGUAACAUUCUUUCCAGAAUGUAUUUCAGGAUUUAGACUGCAUCUUCGGGGGGUGGGGGGAAAAGUUGACUAUUAAACAAUGAGAGUGCGUUGGAAUGAUUUGCUUGUAAGUACAGUUGCCAAGUGAAGUGGGAGGUGGUGAGGUUCUUUUAACGGAAGCUAUUUUACAAGCAGCAACCAGCUGCUGGUUAGGUGCGUCUUAAACUGAACUGUCAUUUUUGGAGCAGCCCAGCAGGUGAAUAGAGCUAUUAAUAUCCUGUGCACUGGGUUAUUGGUGUCUCACUGCCGUGGGCUCUCACCUAGCUGAGCUUGUGAGCAGCCCAUUCUAAGUAUUCAUCUUAAGCAAGUCAGAACAACCUUUCUCAAGUGAUCUGCUUAGUAACUUUCAUAAAAUUGAUGUUUCUUCAACUCUUUCUAGAUGAGAGGGUCGGUGUUUCUUGCCGAACAAUUUCUUUCUGCCCCUAAUUCCCAUUAUUUAGCCAGAACAACGGGCAGGCAACUGUCUGCUGGACCUUUUGUCUCAUUAUUGGCAGAAAAUGAGCUCUACUCCCCGGGACACAUCUGGCCUUUCCUCAGCAGAGUGCAUGGCUGAAGGGGGAAGGUGCAGUGCUGAAACCCUCGGGUGCCUUUGGGGAGUGUCUCUUUUAAGUAGUCAGACCACAGUCUGUCAACUGAUAGUUAUAAGAUUGUAAAAUAUCCCACUCAGACCAAAAAUUAAUAAACUAAUUGAAUAAAACAAUAGGUAGGCAUUACUGGCUGAUAUAAAGUGACUCUGUCUGCAUGCUGUGAUUCAAAGACCAUAUUAGAUUCAUUAUGAGAGACGUUCACAGCGAAGUGUUGCAUUUUCCCUGUCUCUGAUGCAGUGAACACAGAAUAGAAUGAUACAUUACACAACAACUACUUUGCUCAACACUUGUAAAUUUGAUCCGUUCAUGUCUUUAUACUUGCUUUUACCGCAAAAUUACCUGAAUGUUGUGUCUUUGCUGUGAUUAAUUACUGUUAAGUGCCUGUGUUCUAACUGGCCAUAUUUAACUGCUAGCCCAUUGCUCCUCUACAUAAUAACAUCACAUUGUAGCUCCGAUUGCUGUAGGCUGCAGUUACUUGUUCCAUUAUCUUCAUUGUUGACGCAGUUAGGAUUGUAGAUUUCUAACCCUGCUGCAUGGUGUCCAACAUAUUUGUGAUCAAAAGUUCUCCUCCAGUUUGGCAGCAUUGUACCCUGGUUCGGAUUGCUGAACACGUCCAAAUUUUGUUGAAGGAAAUUCUGGAGAAUCGUUCAGUGGUCUGCUGGUUAUAAGUGUUACAUGACCAAUGAACUCCAGAUUUCUUCAGAACUAAAAUUUAACAAACUGUAUCAAAGUUGGGAAUGCUUUAGUCACUUUGCAAGAUUAUUUGUGUCUGACUAUUGAUUAUAAUUUCUAGGUCAAGGAUAAAACUAAGAUUCCAACAAUUGCUUUCAAAUGAAUUUAUUUCCCAACUAAGCACCAUGUUGUUUAUUUAUUUCUAUCUCCUGCUUUGGCGCAGCAAUUCUGUAUGAUUGCAAUUUGCUUUUCUUAUAGUAGGCCCAACAGGCAAUCAUUUUGUAGAUUUCCUUUUUGUUAUGUAGAUGUACCUCAGUAGUGCAAAUCACUGUCUUCCUCUGGGAAUUCUCAAAGCUGCUGGUUAAAGAGCUGGUGCCUUUCUGUUGAGAGAACCCUUUACAUAAAUUCUGAGAUGUUAUAUGUGUGUUAAAUGUCUCCUCUACCGCCAUCUUUUAUUCAUAAUAGCAGCACUUAGGAAUUGUAUCAUUGGUUUGUUCUGUCAGUGUGAGGAGCACCUGUUGUAUAUUUCCCCCAGUGUCACUGCCCUCCCCUUUAAUUGUACCAAAAUUAAACAUUCCAUGUUGCUGAAAAUGAAAUAAUGGUUGCUGAAUAAAUAGGUAUUUCUGGUAUUUUUACUGGCUCCGUUGACAUGUAUGACUCCGCUUCCCUUUUCACUGACCUGCUGAAAUGUGGAGAGAUUUUAUUUUUAAAUUUGCUUCUGCUGCUUGGAGUUUUUCUCUUGGAUGGCAAUAAGUUGCAUGUCUAAUGACUGAGACAAUGUGCUGUGAAUCCAGGUCUCUCUCCUGUAAUUCUGCUUACACCGCUGCAGCCAGUUGUCGCCGCCACCACUUCCAACCCCUCCCCCGCUCUCCAAAAGAAAAAACAGUUCCAUUCUGCCAAUAGUAUAUUUAACUCUGAACAUUUCAUUUUUUUUUAAAAGAUGCAUUUUGGGGCCUUAGUUUCUGUGCAUUAUUUUUGUGCUGUGUUUUUUGGGGAGGUUCCUACUGAGGGAACUCAGUUUGAGCAACAGCUCCUUUGUAAAGCAUUGCUAGUGGCCUAACCUGUGUAGUAGGAAGCUGAUUGCUGAUGUACAGUCCUGAAUACUGUUUCUGAGAUGCAUGGUGAAAUCCAGAAUGUGAUGUGUCUUGUACUGUGAAAUACUGUUUAGAAAAUCCACGGUUUUUCUGUAAUGUAUAUUGUGUUUGCUUUUUAAAUACUGUCUCCAUUGUGUUUACAUGAUCACAUUUCAGCACUUUUUAGUUAAUAAAACUGAAAGAUAUUAA